CAGUCGACUGAUGUUUGACCGCCAUUUAAUGUCACAUUUUGUAAAACGCGUGACUUCGUCUUCAGAAAUGUUUUUUAUUGCAUAAUUUCCAUGUGCAUUCAAAAUUAAAGUGAAUGUGAAUUCGAGAGAUUUUUGUGAGCAAGUGUCAUAAGUGAUAAUUAACCUACAAAACUAAUUGGAUACUGUUAAAGGGAAAGAUAAACGCCGGGUUUGUAAACAAAAUCAUGUUGGCCUAAAAAACAAAAAGCUGUUUAUUUGGCAGCAUUUUUACGUGAACAAAUCAUUUUUCAAAAAGUGUGAUCAGCAUCUAUUUAUUCAGCAUCUAAACUACUCUUCAGCCAUGAAAAUAAAAUCUCAUCGAGACCGAUUUCAAUCAGGAAGUAGCACCGAUGACAAUGAUUCCUGUUCAGAUGUGGAAGAUCACGUUCAAACCUUGCAAGUUAACAUGCAAAAUCAUAAUAUGGGAUCGGUCCGAAAACGUCGAGGUAAUUUGCCUAAACAUUCUGUUAAGAUACUGAAGAGAUGGCUGUACGAACACCGCUACAAUGCAUACCCCAGUGACGCUGAAAAGCUAACCCUUUCUCAAGAAGCCAACCUGACCGUAUUACAAGUUUGUAACUGGUUUAUAAACGCCCGCAGACGUAUAUUACCGGAAAUGAUAAGACGAGAAGGUCACGAUCCUUUACAUUAUACAAUAUCCCGACGUGGUAGAAAAUUAAAUAACAAUUCGGCUAUGAUAAUUGAGCAGCCCCAGGCUAAUUGGGAAGAAGAGGCUGUGACCAGAAACGGAAAGCGUAUAAGACUGGAUCAUGACUAUGAUGAGAGCAUAACCCUCAUGUACAGGUCUGAGGAGGAUAGCCCAAAUGAAUAUGAAAGCUCCAGCCCCAGUGAAGAAGAGAAAUUUACCCCAUGGCAAACAGUUAUUCGUUAUGGAAUGCCAAAAGAAAAUCAACACCCAGCAAAUCGAGGCUCCCAAAAAGAAACCGUCAGAUCGUCAUCAGACUAUUGGAGUGCUCCACACCCUCAACUCGCCCAUCUGCCCCAAUUGCCACAUCCACUGUCGAAUCCUAAAGUACAGGUAAUGCCUGUACACUCAAAUGUAGCUGUAUUACCAUCAUCACCCCCACCUACACCACCAGAAAAUGAGGAAGAUGAAAAGGACAAAUUUAAAUGUCUGUAUUUGCUGGUAGAAACUGCAGUCGCCGUAAGACAACGCGAAAAGGAGCAAGAAGAAAUAAAACUCUAGUUGUGGAAGGAACAAAAGAAGAAUUACUUCAUCCCGCCCAACCCCCGUGCCUUCUUGCUAUCUUUACGUAAUAACUUUGGGAGUUGACAGUUUCGUUCGUUUCUUAAGAUUCAAAUAAUGAUGUGUUGCAAUUUUUACAUUUUUUUACAAUGUUAGAUGUUUUUUUAUGUUGUACUCUUUCUUGCAUAAAUGUAAGUAGUUAAUAAAAAUAGGCUACAAGUUUGGUACAAAUUCGUUCGAUCAUAAAAAAAGAUAGAUAUUAUAAAUACUAUAUGUAUGUGGUAGAGUGAAGAAUGUUAGCAUAAGUGUUUUCUAAAAGUGUCUGAUCCGCGAAAUAGUGAAAAAAUCGGUUGUGAACGUAAUUGUGACAACAAUUGAUUUUGAAAUAAAAUGCUAACGUUUUUUAAAAGA